AUGUCCGCCAAAUCGAUUCUCGAGGCUGAUGGCAAGGCCAUCCUCAACUACCACCUCACUCGUGCCCCCGUCAUCAAGCCGACUCCUCUCCCUUCUUCCUCCACGCACAACCCCCCUCCCAAGCUCGCCUCCCUCUACUUCCCCGAAGAUGAGUCCGUCAAGGACGUUCUCGACCAGGCUGAGGUCCUCUACCCUUGGUUGUUGACCCCCGGAUCCAAGUUCGUGGCCAAGCCCGAUCAAUUGAUCAAGAGACGUGGAAAGAGCGGCCUGUUGGCCCUGAACAAGACCUGGGCUGAGGCUCGGGAGUGGAUUGAGGCUCGCGCUGGCAAGGAGAUCCAGGUCGAGACCGUGGCCGGCUACCUCCGUCAGUUCCUGGUUGAGCCCUUCGUGCCUCACCCCCAGGAGACUGAGUACUACAUCAACAUCCACUCCGUGCGUGAGGGUGACUGGAUCCUCUUCACUCACGAGGGUGGUGUCGAUGUCGGUGAUGUGGAUGCUAAGGCUGAGAAGCUCCUCAUCCCCGUCAACCUCAAGAACUACCCCUCCAACGAGGAGAUCGCUGCUACUCUCCUGAGCAAGGUCCCCAAGGGUGUCCACAACGUCCUGGUUGACUUCAUCUCCCGCCUCUACGCCGUCUACGUUGACUGCCAGUUCACCUACCUUGAGAUCAACCCUCUGGUUGUCAUCCCCAACGCGGAUGCCACCUCCGCUGAAGUCCACUUCCUCGAUCUGGCUGCCAAGCUCGACCAGACCGCUGAGUUCGAGUGCGGUACCAAGUGGGCCAUUGCCCGCAGCCCCGCCAACCUGGGCAUGCCCGUCAUCAAGAGCGAGAAGGUCAACGUCGAUGCUGGCCCUCCCAUGGAGUUCCCCGCUCCUUUCGGCCGUGAGCUGAGCAAGGAGGAGAAGUUCAUCUCCGAGAUGGACGCCAAGACCGGUGCCUCCCUCAAGCUGACCGUCCUCAACGCCAACGGCCGUGUCUGGACCCUGGUUGCUGGUGGUGGUGCCUCCGUCGUGUACGCCGACGCCAUUGCCUCUGCUGGCUUCGUCAGCGAGCUCGCCAACUACGGUGAGUACUCCGGUGCCCCCACCGAGACUCAGACCUUCAACUACGCCCGCACCAUCCUCGACCUGAUGCUGCGUGCCCCCACCCACCCCGAGGGCAAGGUUCUCUUCAUCGGUGGUGGUAUUGCCAACUUCACCAACGUUGCCUCGACCUUCAAGGGUGUCAUCCGCGCUCUCCGCGAGGUCGCCCCCGUCCUCAACGAGCACAAGGUCCAGAUCUGGGUUCGUCGUGCCGGUCCCAACUACCAGGAGGGUCUCAAGAACAUCAAGGCCGUUGGUGAGGAGCUUGGUCUCAACAUGCACGUCUACGGUCCCGAGAUGCACGUCAGUGGUAUCGUGCCCCUUGCCCUUCUCGGCAAGCAGACCGACAUCAAGGAGUUUGGUUCCGCGUAA